UGAGAGGAGACGGCCAUUAGUCGGGGUGAGCCGCCGCCGCGCUGCACCGUUGCUGCUGCUGCUGCUCCUGGCCGCCGCGCUACACGGGGGGAGGUAACGAGUGGACAAUUAGCUUAAAUCAGUCAGCCCUUCACGUUUUCUUCGCCGUUGAUCCGACGGCCGGAUAGAAAUGUCGAGGAGGCGGCAUAGCGACGAUAAUGACGCAGGAACACCUCACAAACGGAGGAGGACAUCUGAACCAAUUGAAAUUGAAGACCGAUUGGAGUCUUUGAUAUGUCGCGUGGGAGAAAAAAGCACUUCCUCAUUGGAGAGCAAUCUGGAAGGUUUGGCCGGUGUUUUGGAAGCUGACUUGCCAAACUAUAAAAGUAAAAUCUUGAGAAUACUUUGUGCCGUAGCAAGACAGCUUCCUGAAAAAUUACCUGUAUACACAACACUCGUGGGGCUACUAAAUGCCAGGAAUUACAACUUCGGUGGUGAAUUUGUCGAAUCGAUGAUCAGACAGCUGAAGGAAAGUUUGAAAGCUAAUUUGUACACCGAGGCAGUUUUUUCUGUUCGGUUUCUGUCUGAUCUUGUGAAUUGUCAUGUGAUUGCUGCUCCAUCCAUGGUGGCAAUGUUCGAAAACUUUGUCAACAUAACGCAAGAGGAGGACAUACCACAGGUUCGCUCUGACUGGUAUGUGUAUGCAAUGCUUUCUGCCCUUCCCUGGGUUGGAAAGGAGCUCUAUGAGAAAAAGGAUGUAGAGAUGGAUCGAAUUCUUUUGCAGGUCGAAAGUUAUCUGACCAAACGUCAAAAACAUCAUAUUCCAAUGCUACAAUGCUGGACUGCUGAACAACCACAUGAACAAGAAGAGUACUUGGACUGUCUGUGGGCACAAAUUCAGAAGUUGAAAAAAGAUCGUUGGCAGGAGAAACAUAUCUUGAGACCGUAUUUGGCUUUCGAUAGUGUCCUCUGUGAGGCCUUGCAGCACAAUCUGCCACCGUUCACUCCACCUCCUCACACAAAGGACUCUAUCUAUCCUGUGCCACUUGUCGUUUUCAGAAUGUUCGACUACACAGAUGCCCCUGAGGGCCCAGUCAUGCCUGGCAGCCACUCUGUUGAGAGAUUAGUAAUUGAAGAGAAUCUCCGUUGUAUUAUCAAAUCUCAUUGGAAGGAAAGGAAAACAUGUGCUGCACAGUUGCUCAGCUAUCCUGGAAAAAACAAGAUUCCCCUGAAUUACCACAUAGUGGAGGUUGUAUUUGGAGAACUUUUCCGGUUGCCUCUUCCCCCUCACAUUGAAGUCAUGUAUACCACUUUGUUGAUUGAACUCUGCAAACUGCAGCCUGGCUCGUUACCACAAGUCCUUGCACAAGCUACAGAGAUGUUAUACAUGCGGAUCGAUUUUAUGAAUACAAUUUGCGUGGACAGAUUUAUCAACUGGUUUUCUCACCAUUUGAGUAACUUUCAAUUCAGAUGGAGCUGGGAUGAUUGGUCUGAUUGUUUGGCACUGGAUCCUGACAAAGCCAAACCAAAGUUUUUACGUGAAGUGUUGGAGAAAUCUAUGAGGCUUUCCUAUUAUCAAAGAAUAGUGGACAUUGUACCAGAGAACUUUGCCGCCCUAUUGCCAGCAAAUCCACUGUGUGUUUACAAGUAUGGCGAUGAGAGCAACAGUUCCCUGCCUGGCUAUGCGAUCGCUGUCAGUCUAUGCAGUGCUAUUAAAAGUAAAGCAAGUAAUGAUGAAAUCCUGAGCAUACUAAAAGAUCUCCCAAAUCCUAAUCAAGAGGAUGAUGAUGAUGAUGGUUUCAGCUUUAAUCCUUUGAAGAUUGAGGUUUUUGUACAGACGUUGCUAUUCCUGGCAUCCAAAUCCUUCAGCCAUUCUUUCAGUGCUUUGGCAAAGUUUCAUGAGAUUUUUAAGACGUUGGCUGAAGGUGAUGAGGGCAAGUUACAUGUACUAAGAGUUAUGUAUGACACUUGGAAGUGCCAUCCUCAGAUGAUGGCCAUGUUGGUUGACAAAAUGAUCCGGACACAGAUUGUAGACUGCGCAGCAGUAGCAAACUGGAUCUUCUCAUCAGAAAUGGGACAUGAUUUCACCAGAUUGUAUGUCUGGGAGAUAUUGCACUCAACCAUCCGAAAAAUGAAUAAGCAUGUUCAAAAGGUACAAAAUGAACUUGAAGAAACUAAAGACAAACUGGAUAAGCAACACAAAAGGCGAGACAGUGAUGAUGAUUAUGACCAGAAUAGUGAUGAUGAUGAUGAUGAUGAUGAUGAUGAUGAGGAUGGCCCUUUAGAAGAACAAAUUGAACGUCUUCAGGAAAAAGUUGAGUCUGCUCAAAGUGAACAGAAAAACCUCUUUCUAGUAAUUUUCCAGCGUUUUAUAAUGAUUCUGACAGAACACCUUGCGAGGUGUGAAACUGGUGGGAUCGAUUUUAACACACCCUGGUAUAAGAACUGCAUUGAACGUUUGCAGCAAAUCUUCCUCCAGCAUCACCACAUCAUUCAACAGUACAUGGUCACUCUGGAGAACCUGCUCUUCACGGCUGAGCUGGACCAUCACAUACUGGCUGUGUUCCAGCAGUUCUGUGCCCUUCAGUAAUGGCAAUUGUGUUACAGCUCAAUGAACAUUUUCAGAUUCUCAGUGUCUUCAACACUUGCAUUGGUGAAAACUGACUCAAAUAGCAACACUCUUGAAUUAAUAAUAUCCCUUUUGCCUAAUUAUCUGUGAAAACCAUGGAGCAUGAAGAAAAAUGCCAUUCACAGUAGAAAGGAUUUCUCUUCUAAAAGAAUGCAUCUUAUGGAAUAGUUAGAAACUAGAGGCUCAAGAGAUGAACAUAUAUAUAGUUUUGAUUCUAACUUUGGUAUUCACUUAAAUUUUAAAUUUGCUUUGUACUCCUUGGUUUGGUUGUUUGAUACUGUUUUCGGCAACUAACUAAUACCUGCUCUUAUCCUCAUGAUCUAUCUUGCAGUUUGUAAAUUAAGUUGCAUGUUGUAACUUUUCUGAAAUUGUGCUCCUUAUUAGUAGACCAAAGUUUUGACUAGAUGUUGUAAUGUGUUCUUUUGACCUUAGUAACAGCAAAUAAGCAUUUCUACUGAUAUCAGUAGAGAUACUAUCUUUUUUUUAAAAAGGUGUGUAUUUUUUAAAUUUACAUGUCCAUCCAAGCCUCAUGCAGAAAGUGGGAAAUGGAGAGAUGAAGUGAUCGCAAUUGGAAAAAGAUUAAUAUUUUUUUACAGAUCUAAUGAAAAUGCAUUGAUUCUAAGAUAACAAUCUUAUCAGUUAUUGGGUCCUCUUGCUUGGGCUGUUUACAAAAGGUUUUGCAAACAUUCAGGGCCUGUUGGGUUUUUUUUUGACCUGGGGAGCUGACUGUGUGUGUGUGUGUGUGUGUGUGUGUGUGUAUGUGUGUAUGUAUGGGCGUGCAUUCGCGUGUGUGGGGGGGGUGGGGGCACACAUGUAAUGUGUUUGAGAGAACCGUGCUGUAUACAAUAGCAGAGUGCCAAAGUUUGCGAUUGUGUUCAUUGUGAUGCAGCCCCUAAUGCUGCAUUUUCUAUCAACCCAGACCAUCCCAACUGUUCCCAAAUAAAUGACAAUAUAAUUUACGUGGGGUCUGGAUUUUGAGUCAUGCAACCACAGGAAAACUAUAUUUAAAAAAUAAAGAACCAAAUGGGAAAACAUUUUUUAGCCCCAGAUUUAUAUUAUCCAAUUCAAUCAUUCUUUCCAAACCACUUUAUCCAAUCCAUCAAAUUGUAUAUAAAACAAGAUAUCAUUCUAAAAGUUCGUUAUUUAAAAUAAAAAACACCUUGACAUGUCUUAUUCUACAUUGUGAAAUUCUGGCAUAACCUGUAUUCAGAAACAUUUUAGAUUAGUAAAGUUUGAAUACUGCCAAGUUAUAGAUGAUGAUAACAUUUUGAUUAAAAUUUUAACAUUUUACAGAA